CAAAGAUGUUAGAGGAGUAUCUUUUCUAUGAAAUUGCCUUUCAGAUUUAAGAGAAGAUACGUCGGACAUCAAGUACAGUUGCUUGAAAGUUAAUCUGAAGAACACAUCAUAAAUUGCAUGCUUUUAUUAACUCAUCUUUGCAUCUCUAAAGCAGAGGUAAAGUUUUCUUUCAGUUUGUGGUUGGAGAACAUUUUCAUUUCCAGCACUAUAUUAAGGCCAUUUAAUUCAAUUCCACCUCUGUUUGCUAGUUUGUGCCAUUAUAGAUGCAAUUUGUGUUUCUCUUGUGUUUUAGCGCUCCGUGAGAUGCAGUAGGAGAUGGUUUCAAUCAAAGCCUAACUGACUAGAUAAUAUUUCUUGGCUGAGGCUUUCAGUCGUUAAUGCCUUUUCAGCCUGAACACUAACGCUCACGAUGAAGACCUACAAUUAAGCUAGAUUGCUCAUUUUAUGGGGAAAAAAAAACAACCCCAUGAAUGAUGGUAAAGUGUGAGUGAACAGGUUGGAUUGUGAGUAAUUUAAACGUUCGAAGCGAAGGAAUGAUUUGCAGCGUCUUUGUGCUGGAAACACUUACGGCAGCCAGUGUUGUUUUGGGGAUUCAUUUGGACUGGUUAAUGCUCCUGGAGGAUUCAGAGGCAUUCUUAUGGAUCUGAGGGGCGAAUAUCUACCCUUUCAGGGUGAGACAACUACUGCUGACAGCAUCUCUGCCACCCUACCUUCCCCCAGCCCAGGGGUGAAGCAGGGUCUUGCAACCGGCUUUAAGAAGGUGCUUCGGACGGAGGAGGACAGUCCAAGCCCGUUUCCAGGGCUACUGCCUGGUGUCCUGGAGAUGAGGGUCAAAGAAGGUAGCAAGAUCCGCAACCUGAUGGGAUUCGCCAUGGCCCGGAUGCAGAGUGAGCCUGGAGACAGCGGUCAGGCCGGACUAAGACAGGUGGUGUUCACAGGGUCAGGCCGAGCGGUCACCAAAACCAUCACCUGCGCCGAGAUCAUGAAGAGGAAAGUGGGCGGACUGCACCAGCUGACCAAACUGCGGUACAAAGGCGUGCAGGAGGUGUGGGAGAGUCAGGAAGGAGGUGAUGCAGAGAUGACUGUCCACAGGACUGUGCCCUCCAUCAGUAUCCUGUUGUCCAAGGAUCCGCUGGACCCUCUGGAGCCAGGAUACCAGCCCCCAGAGACCCAGAGCGCUCUCUGGGAGGAGAGAGAAGGUGCAGAUGUACCACAGCCAGCAGCGAAAAGAUCAUUUGACCGGACUGUUAGCGAGACACAAUCAAAAAGAUUCUGUCCUCAAGAUCUACAAGGCUUUCCUGGAAGAUCAAAGCGUGUGGCCCACGAACUGCGUUUUUGCCAGAUUAGACUUCCCUGCAUGGAUAAGAGUGAGGGCUGUGGGAUGGUGUGGGAGUUCGCUAUCUCCCUCCCUCCAGAUGUACCGCUACAGAUCGCCUUCGUCAUCGCUGUGCGACACUAUGGGGCUUGUUCGAUUCAGUUAGAGCCGGUCUGA